UUGUGUCAAUGUAUCUAUUACACUUUAGACAUUGCUUUCUCUCACUAGACAACCCGAGUGGCUUUGGCUACCCAAGUCUUCUUGUUCACAGUGGAAGCUUAUCACGCACUAUUUUAAUCAGCGGACAGCAUUAAUAUGCACAGACUUCAAUAACCCAGUACACCGUCUCUAAAAGUUAAGUGACAUCAUUUCUCCAUCCCAGGAGGAGACCAGAGCUUUAAGUAUGAUUUGACUUUUACUCUUUGGCUUUCAUCAUUAAAGAAAAAAAAGAGUUAAAGUCUAAUCUGCUAUCGACGAACCACAACACAAGGUUUAACUUCCCUUAUCUUGGUUUACUAUAUUUUCUGUUUAAACAUCAAUUAAUUAUUAUUAAUUGAUUAAUUUUCAGGACAUCCAUGGGAGUGCAGCUUUUUUUAGCUUAUUUCUGAAUCAUAAUGUCGUGGCUCUUCUGCGGUGUCGAAUACAAACAAUGAAAUAAACAGGAGGUAACCUUCAAAUAGCGGAGAAAUGCCAAAACAAGCAAUACAGGAUCCUUCAUAUCAAACGGAAUAGCGUUACACUGGGCUUAUUUCUACUUGGACUCACCAUCUACUCAACAUUCAAUACAUGGAAGCAUCUCUAUGUGUCUAUUGAUAAAACACCUAUCAUCUUUCAAAGUGAGUCUCCUCAACACGAUCCAGUGGACCUCAAUAUAAAUCCUGGGUUCACUCCAGAUGUUGUUGACACUAUGACUGACACACUGGUUGGCAUGCUGAGUCAAGCAACUGACAUGUCAUCACAUACUGUCACUGCCAAAUGUGACGACAUCUGGAAUGCCUGUCAACCUGACGACUGUUUCCAGCCUUUGAGCCCGGAUCCCAGAGAAAGAAUUCGGGACUUGCUGUCUCCGAAACUUGCACUGACCUAUAAAAACCGUCAACAAAUCUCUGACCUGUCAUCUACCAUACCAGAGAGUGGUGUGAUAUUUGUGACAGCUACGUUCGAUAACCUAUUUGAAGGGACACAAGCCCUUGUUCAUAAUCUACACACAGUGGUCUACCCUAAAGUUAAAAAUAUGACUUUGGUGAUCUUUGAUAUUGGACUCACCCCGGAACAAAGAGAAAAGACCAAGAAAGCCUGUAUGUGCCAUUUCAUAGUGUUUCCAUUUGAACUAUUUCCAGGAUUCUUCAAAGAACGCGGAUGCAAUGCGUGGAAGCCACUAAUCGUUAUGGCUUCCAUGCUAAAGGCAAACAAGUUAGUUGUGUACCAAGACGCCUCUAUCAGUUAUAAGGACACAGUGCUUGAGUUACUAGACAGAGGAUAUAGACUAGGUCUACAGCUAUGGGGAGCUAACUGGAUGUAUAACAUCCCUGUAGCCACUUCGAAAGGUAUGUUCGACUACAUGGGAGACAAGCCUUGUGCCUAUCUCAAGUACCCACAGAUACAAAGUGGAGUUAUGGUGUUUAAGAAAGCGUCAUUUAUAGUUCGAACUAUCCUGGAGCCGUGGGCCAAGUGUGGCUUUGAGAAAGAUUGUUUCUGCCCGCUUACAAGGGAAGACAGCGUGGACUGCACCGAUAAAAAGAUAGAAAUUCAUAUGUGUCACAGGUCUGACCAAUCUGCAUUGUCUUUGAUUGUCAGCAAGCUGUUUACAAGUGAGCGCUACCGAUAUCACAUGCCAGAUUCAGAAAGUGAAAAUGGCCGGUAUGUCGUCAUCAACAGAGACCAGGGAGAAGCCGGCUACUUUGAUAACAUCCUGGCAGGUUUAUAACCACGUGAUUCACCGAUGUUUCAUAACCAGAUCGUACAUUUUUAAAAUGUGUAUACAUUAGAAAUAGAAAACUAGAGUAACACAUCGUACAAGAACAUGUGUGCUGUUGUGGACAGUCGUUGAAUUGUAACAGCGAAUAUGGUAGACAACUAAACCGCUGCGAGCGUAUUAUAUCUUAGCAUAUACAACUUGAAGUAAUUUGUAUACCUUCUUUUAGAACAAAACGAUAUAUAGCUAUUAUUACAAUACUAGUCGACCGCCGGCGAAGCAUACGCCGCUAUUUUGCAGGGCCAGCCUUAGGCCACAGUAGGCCGCAGUAGGCCCCGCACUUUUAUAGAACCCGCACUUUCAUAGGACCCGCGCUAAAUCAAAGUGUAUAAAAAUCCGUUUCGCAUGGGGCCCCACAAUGCUUAAGUCCGGCCCUGUUAUUUAGUGACGGGUGAAUAUACAUAGUAGAUUACUUGUUCUCUUUCCAUGACUUCUUGGUCACAAUGGUUAAGUCCGGCGCUGCUAUUUAGUGUUUGUAAAAUGUUUGUUUGUAAAAUGUUGGACAUGUUUCGGAUGUUCCUUUAGAGUUAGGGUUAGUUUACUUCCUAGUCCAAACCUCGUGCAGGACGAAGGGGGAUGGGAGAGGGCAGGGUUUGACAGCCCAGCGCGCAGCCAACUGUAGCGACGUGUGAAUAUCCACUUGUUCUCCCCUCUUUGUUUUUUCGUGGGGUGACUAUCCGCAGAAAUAAGAGAGUGAUCUUUCCUUUACUUCUUGUUUAAACUUUUGAGGGAAGAAGAGAAUUAUAUAUAUCAACUUGAAAUAAAAUGAAAGUAGACUUUAGCAAUACUAUCAAAUGGUAUUCUGAACAAAAUCAAACUUACUACAAAAUCACGUCUUUUCAUUCUAGCAAUCUUAAGUCGUCUGUUGUAUCUAAGACUGCUGACGACACUGCCGCUUUAUCUUGCAUCAUUCACACUGCAUAGCUAACACCUUCUCACAGUCACCAUAGAAACACACACACUCCAUAACAUGUGUGUCUGUGUGUGUGUGUGUUUGUCCGAAGCGCAUACCACACGUGUGUGUAAAUUUGAGACAUUUCAAAGGAAUUGAAAUAUAUUUGUUGUAUUAAUAGUUAUUUUAUUUGGAGAAUAAUUGUUUCAAUUUUUUGGGGGGUUAAGAAAGUUUCUUCUUUUAAUAUUUUAGCGCCCACCCCCGCCCCAUUUUUUAAUAGUUGAAAGUCGCUAUUAGUUGUAUGAUGUCUAUCAUGUUUAAUUCUCAAAAAAAAAAAGAUAUAAUGGCUUUUUACCAUUGCCUGUAUUCUACUCUACGUAAGACAUUAUUCUUUUGAAGAGAACUCUUUUUUUUUAUUUAAAAUUUAAGACUUUCAUUCAUGGUGAAAAAGUCUAUGCAUUAAAUUCUAUGAUAUAAAACUUGAGGCGCGACGGCUGAGCGGUAAAGCGUUUGGCUUCCAAACUGGUGAUCCCGGGGUCGAAUCCUGGUGAAGACUAGGAUUUUUAAUUUCGGGAUCUUUGGGCGCCUCUGAGUUCUGAGUCCACCCAGCUCUGAUGGGUAUCUGACAAUAGUUGGGGAAAAGUAAAGGCGUUUGGUCGUUGUGCUGGCCACAUAACACCCUCGUAAACCCUAGGCCACAGAAACAGAUGACCUUUACAUCAUCAGCUCAAUAGACCACAAUGCCUGAAAGGGAACUUUACUUUUCCUUAAUAUGUACCCCAAAACAAAAUGGACGACUAACCAGAAGCAAUAAACGAGAUUUGCUACGAACAUCAAGUUAUCAACUUCGUGCAUUGAGAUAUUGUUAGUUGUUUUUUUUUUUAUAUAUUGUUAUUAUUUUUUAAAAGGUUGGUAACAAUGACUUUCAAUUCGGCGUU